AUGACUAGAUCCAAGACUUCGAGUCCUACACACUGGGAGAUUACGUCUGACACUGCGAGCGUGCUAGACCGUGGAUCCCACGAACCGAAGGAGUCCGUGUCGUACCAGGAGAAUAAACCCCAUGUCAGGACUUCCGGUAAAUCCCCACGUUUUCCAAGUAGAUGGUGGAAGUAUAGACAAUGGUUACGGGAACCAAUGGCAGAAUUUGCGGGGACGAUGAUCCUCGUCAUCUUUGGGAAUUCGGUUGACUGCCAAGUGGUUUUGUCGACAAAUCCUGGCGUUGCGGCGAGUCCGAAGGGCGACUACCUCUCCUUGACUUUCGGAUGGGCCGUAGGGACUGCCAUGGGAGUUUAUGUUUCUGGUGGUAUAUCUGGUGGUCAUAUAAAUCCAGCCGUUACGCUCGCGUUAGCGACUUGGCGUGGAUUUCCGUGGAAGAAGGUGCCGGUGUACAUCUUCGCCCAACUGAUGGGAGGAGUUGUUGGCGCCGCAAUCACCUACGCCAAUUACUUCCACGCGAUCGACAUCUUUGAGGGCGGUCCAGGGAUCAGGACGAUUAAGACGGCAAGUUUGUUUUCUACCUACGCGGCGGAUUAUAUGACCAACGUGUCGGCCUUUUUCGACGAAUUCCUCGGUACGGCCGUGUUGAUGCUUGUUGUCCUCGCGAUGACAGACAAGCAAAACACGCCGCCACCACCUGGGCUUGCACCGCUCGUGCUUUUCAUGCUUGUCCUGGGUAUCGGCGUGGCGUUGGGGGUGCAAACAGGUUAUGCUAUCAACCCCGCUCGUGAUCUAGGUCCAAGGAUUCUGACCUCGAUGGUUGGAUAUGGAAAGGCUGUAUAUACGUUCCGAAAUCAGUACUGGCUUUGGUGCCCUGUACUUGGGCCGUUUAUUGGCGCUCAGAUUGCCGCCUUUUUCUACGACCUUUUCUUGUUCAACGGCGAAGAGGGGCUCUUUAAUCGCAAGUAA